UUGGGUUUUCAUGGGGCGUAGCGGCGAGUACUACAAGAACAAGUAUGGCCGCGGCGGAGGUCGACGGACGGCAGACGAAUCCUCUCGUCAGAGGGAGACGCGGUCACGAUCGAGAGAAAGGCUGCCUUCACAAAUGCAACAACAAGUCCUAUCUUGGAGUGCGCUAAUCGGAACCCUCUAUAAACUCGAAGGACAAAACUACGGGGCGUACAACUCGCUCCGGGGGCAAGAGUAUCGUCAUGCAGAGCAUCCUGCAUUCAUCUUGGCGGCAGAUUCCAUCCAAGGCGACGCCUUUGCCGCACCGUCGCGCUUUCACGUGGUUCUCGAUGCCAGUAGUGCCCGGUAUCCCACGGACAUGCUCUCGACGAAAUCGCGUCGCAUCAGCGUUGCCGACUUCUUAGCCCGGCAGUUCGUGCGCGCCACCCGAGCUCGCGGCGCAGACGCCCGAGUCGGAGGACAAGGAUGGCAUGGGGCCAAGGGCGGGGAUUUGUCCAUGGACAGCCCAUCCCAGUACGUCCUCGAGCGCACGAAUGUUCUUGUGCUCGCCGACGGAUCCGUGGAGGCUCGUUUCACGGUGGGGCUUCCGGCGCGAGGUCGAUCCAUUUGCGGCGAUUUUGCAACGCGCAUCUUGACGGACGUCGUGCCGGCGCUCGUCCUUGAAGCGUUGGUGUGCCCUGCCGACGUGGCCGACCUGUGGGGCCAUGUCAAGUGCGUCGAAGACCAGCGUGCAUUGCGGCAAUUGGUUGCGGAUCAAGGGUUGGUGGCAUUCGUGGCGGAUGGGUCUAUCUUGCCCCGACAGAGCGGCGCAUCGGACACGCCGAUGGCUAGUCCCCCAGCCCAGCCGUUUCAAGCCCCCCGCUCAUCGCCGCUACAUCGGACGUUUACAUUGCCGCAUCAUGGACCCAUCUCUGGGCUGGGCAUUCCAAGAGGUAUCACGCUGCUCGUGGGCGGCGGGUACCAUGGCAAGUCGACGGUGCUGCAGGCCGUGGAAGGCGGUGUGUACGACACCGUGCCUGGCGACGGACGAGAGUUCGUUGUGACGGACCCCCGCGCCGUCAAGAUCCGCGCUGAAGACGGCCGAAGUGUCGUGGGAUGCAACGUGAGUCCAUUCAUAUCCAACUUGCCAUCGAAAGUGACCACUGAAGCGUUCACGUCGGCCAAUGCGUCGGGGAGUACGUCGCAAGCGGCCAAUAUCAUGGAAGCGAUCGAAGCGGGCGCGACGACGUUGCUCAUGGACGAAGACACGUGUGCGACCAACUUUAUGACGCGAGAUGGGAAAAUGCAGCAACUGGUCGCGUCCGAGAAAGAGCCGAUUACGCCGUUUUUGACCAAGGCCCGCGCCCUGUUUACGGUCCACGGAGUGUCGAGUAUCCUUGUCGUGGGUGCAUUGGGCGACUACUUUUCAAUUGCCGAUAACGUCAUCCUCAUGGAUACAUUUCAACCCAAGGACGUGACAACACAAGCCAAAACCAUUGCCUCCCAACACCCUCCGAUUGCCCAAUCGUCGACGUUUCUAGCCUCGACCGUUCGGGUUCUAGACCCCGCGGGUAUUCCAGUAGUGGACGCCCGCCGAGUGAAAUGCCUCGGCACCAACACGAUUAACUAUGGAGACUUGGACGGCGCCAUUGACGUGUCUGCUGUGGGGCACUUGGUCGAGCCAGGCCAGUUGCGCGCCAUUGCGCAUGUCCUGCGAGGCAACUUGGCCAACGACAUGAACGGCCGCCGCUCCAUUUCUGAGCUGCUGGAUAGACUGGACGCGGCGUUGGCCGACGGGUUGGAUCGAAUUAAUGGCGACCACCGGUGUGGGCUGUAUGCGCGCCCGAGGCGGUUUGAGAUUGCCGCUGCGCUAAAUCGCCUGCGUUCAUUGACUAUGGCCAAGCAUCUCUAACGUCGUGGCCUGGUUCAGUUUCCACCAAACUUAUGACCAAAUAAUGCACAUGACAAGGAUGGACUGUACUUAACUUCAGUAUACUACUCCGAUGAGUAUGUACAGUACUCGUGGUGUGGCAAUAAUAAUGACAUAGCCUUUCACG